AUGGUUAAAGUUACAGUUGCAGGAGCUGCAGGAGGUAUUGGUCAACCAUUAUCUUUGUUGUUAAAAUUAAACACUAAUGUUACCGAGUUGGCAUUAUUUGAUAUAGUCAAUGCUAAAGGUGUUGCCGCUGAUUUAUCACAUAUUAAUACUCCGGCGGUAGUUACUGGAUAUCAACCAAAGGACAAAGAAGAUAAAACUGCCAUUGUUGAAGCUUUGAAAGGCACCGAUGUUGUUAUCAUUCCUGCUGGUGUGCCACGUAAACCAGGAAUGACUAGGGCUGACUUAUUUAAUAUCAAUGCAUCUAUCAUUAGAGACUUGGUUGCUAAUAUCGGAAGAACCGCACCUAAUGCUGCAAUUUUGAUCAUUUCAAACCCCGUCAACUCCACAGUCCCAAUUGCUGCACAAGUUUUGAAGAGAUUGGGUGUUUUUAACCCAAAGAAGUUAUUUGGUGUUACCACUUUGGAUAGUGUAAGAGCAGAAACUUUCUUUGGUGAAUUAACAAAUACUAACCCAAACACAUUAAAGGGUAAAAUCUCCGUUAUUGGAGGUCACUCGGGUGACACAAUUGUCCCAUUGAUCAACUACAACAAACUGGUUGGUUUAAUUAGUAGCAAAUCCCAAUAUGAUGCCUUUGUACACCGUGUUCAAUUUGGUGGUGAUGAAGUUGUCAAGGCUAAAAACGGUGCUGGUUCCGCCACUUUGUCAAUGGCCUAUGCUGGUUACAGGUUUGCAGAAUAUGUUAUUAACUCAUUAUCGGGUCGUCUGAAGAAUGAACCUGUUCCAGAUUCUGCUUACAUCUAUUUGCCAGGUAUCCCAGGUGGAAAAGAAGUUUCUAACGCUCAUUUACAAGGAGUUGAAUUUUUUUCAGUCCCCGUAUUUUUGAGCAAUGGGGAAAUCAGUUCGUUUAUUGAUCCAUUCAAGUCACUUACUGUUACCGACGAUGAGAAGAAAUUAGUUGAGGUUGCAUUAAAAGGUUUGAAGGGAUCAAUUGAUCAAGGUGUGCAAUUUGUUGAUGCUUCGAAAUUGUAA